CUCAGAUGAGGAAAUGGUGCUGUUGGCUGGCCGCCUCCGCGCCCGGUGUCACCCGGUCCUCCUCUAAUCCAUUCCCUCUGCCUUCAGCCCCGCUUAGAGCAGCGGUUCACAGCAGCAGCCUCCGGUCCUUCUGGAAAUCCUCCAGCUGCUCAGCGCCUUCUAACGCAGCUACUCUUCUGCGGUCCGCUUGGUGGAGACAUCUGGAGAUUAAGGUUGGAGAGAAAGACGCGCAGGAUGGAAACGCAGAUCCAUGUUCCUGCCGGUUCUCCGGUUAUCAGGAAGAUCCCGCUGUUCGUGGAUGAACGCAACGUGAUGGAGGGAGCGAUGGAGCUGCUCAGAGAGCUGAGGCCGGCAUGGCAGCCCCACAGCGUCAGAACCAAGUCCUUCACUGACGGUACCACCAACAAGCUGGUGGGCUGCUAUGUGGACGACAGUCCAGACGACGUGGUUCUGGUCCGAGUCUACGGGAACAAGACGGAGCUGAUCGUGGACAGAGAUAACGAGCUGAAAAGCUUUCAGGUGCUCCACGCUAAUGGCUGCGCUCCACUCCUCUACUGCACCUUUCAAAAUGGAAUCUGCUACGAGUUCAUGCAGGGGGACGCUCUGGGGCCGCAGGAUGUCAGGGACCCGACCCUGAUCCGGUUAAUAGCCAGGGAAAUGGCUCGGAUCCACGCCAUCCACGCUCACAACGGCUGCAUCCCCAAACCUAACCUCUGGAUCAAGAUGCGGCACUACUUCUCCCUGGUGGCCACCGAGUUCACCGACCAAGCCUCCAACCUCAGGAUCCAGCAGGAGGUUCCCAGCAAGGCGGUGCUGGAGCAGGAGAUGGUGUGGAUGAAGGAACAUCUCUCCAUGCUGGGUUCCCCCGUGGUGCUCUGCCACAACGACCUGCUCUGCAAGAACAUUAUACAUAACAGCAAAGAGGGUCACGUUCGCUUCAUAGACUACGAAUAUUCCAGCUACAACUAUCAGGCCUUCGACAUCGGAAACCACUUCAACGAGUUUGCAGGCAUGGCUGAGCUGGACUACGGCCUCUACCCCAGCCAGGAGAUGCAGAUGGACUGGCUGAAGGAGUACCUGCAGGCGUACAAGCUGUUCACCAAGAAGACGGAGGAGGUCAGCCAGCGGGAGCUGGAGACGCUCUACGUUCAGGUCAACAAGUUUGCUCUGGCUUCUCACUUCUUCUGGGGCUUCUGGGCUCUGAUCCAGGCCAAAUACUCCUCCAUCCACUUCGACUUCCUUGGGUACGCCGUGCUGCGCUUCAACCAGUACUUCAAGAUCAAACCUUCAGUGAUGGCUCUUCAGAUCCCCGAGUGAGAGGAGGUCAGGGCUGUGGCGGCUGAAGGCCCGGAGACGUUCCGCCACCCAGCCGCCGCCGCCGCCGUACCCCCGCUCUGUCCGUCUGCCGGGCCGCCUUCCUUCAUAAAAGCGUGAUUACUCCUAUUCCUGCAAACGUACCUGGACUCGCCCGGCACCUGCAGCUCGCUAUGAUCCCAUUGGUUCAGGCUCAGCAGGGGUCACUGACUCCACCCCUCCAUGAAGCGGGGCGGCAGAGACAGACUUUAGCUUUAGGAGCGUUUGGCCAAGAAUUCCCUACAUGUGAACCAUCCCGUCACCGUAGCAACCUGUGAGGAGGAGGAGGAGCUAAAUGUUUGGUCUAGUUUUUAUGGCGGGCCUCUUCACCCCCUCAGGGUAACGCCUCCUGCUUCUGUUUCACUCUGAUCUCCUUUCAGCUUCCUGUAUUCAGACAAACAUGGCGUCGCUGUCGGCGAGCAGCGUGUUUGAGCCUCUGAUUGCUGAAAAACAUCCCAGGAAAGUUAUUUGCUUCUGAUCUCUGACUUUUUUUUUCCUCUUCUUCUAAAUCUAAACGCUUAUCAGUCAGACUUAAAAUCAGACGGUUUCACCUUCUUGUCUUAUUGAAUGGUUUUGAAGCCGUAAACCUGAAGCUUUAGUUCUUAUUUCACUGAAUGAUCCAGUUCCCUGUGGAGCCACCGGGGGCGCCAGUGAGCAGCUGGCGUCACAUUACAGUCAGUUAAAUAAUGGAGCAGACAUGCUAACGGAUGCUAAUGCCUUUCAUCCAUGCAGCAGCUGAUGUUGCUGCUUCCUCUCCACCAUCCAGCUGAAGCGUUUAAACCACAGCGACACGUUUGGGAGCAGAGA